CUUUCCAGCGCUAGAAAGAUGGCGGAGUUGGACAUUGGGCAGCACUGUCAGGUGGAGCACUGCCGGCAGCGAGAUUUUCUUCCAUUCGUUUGUGAUGGUUGUUCAGGAAUCUUCUGCCUUGAACACAGAAGCAAGGACUCUCAUGGUUGUCCUGAGGUAACUAUAAUCAAUGAAAGAGUUCAGACAAAUACACAUAAAUCUUACCCAUGUUCCUACAAGGACUGUACUGAGAAGGAGCUUGUGGCAGUCAUAUGUCCAUUCUGUGAGAAGAAUUUUUGCCUAAGACAUCGUCAUCAGUCAGAUCAUGAGUGUGAAAAACUGGAAAUCCCAAAGCCUCGUAUGGCUGCUACUCAGAAACUUGUUAAGGACAUUAUUGAGUCCAAGACAGGAGAGAUAGCAAAUAAACGACGGAAGGGUGCCAAAAAUAGUGAGACAGCCGCAAAGGUUGCAUUGAUGAAAUUAAAGAUGCAUGCCGAUGGGGAUAAGUCAUUGCCACAGACAGAAAGAGUUUACUUUCAAGUUUUCUUACCAAAGGGGAGGAAAGAGAAGAGCAAACCCAUGUUCUUUUGCCACCGGUGGAGCGUAGGGAAGGUUGUAGACUCUGCAGCUUCCUUAGCCAGUCUUAAAAAUGACAAUAACAAGUUAACAGCUAAGAAAUUAAGAUUAUGUCACAGUACUUCAGGAGAAGCCUUACCCUUGGAUGAUACAUUGGAAAUGUGGAUUACUAAAGAGGAUUAUCCUUUAUAUAAUGGUGGAAAUAUUAUUUUGGAAUAUCUUGAUGCUGAAGAACAGUCUUUAAAAAAUAUUGAAUCUUACUUGGAAUAGUCAUUGAAGGAUUCAAGCCGGAAUCACACACAAAAAAAAUUCUACAUACAUGUUUAAAUGUUUAAGACAGUUACUUUUACUAGAGAUACUGUUUUUGUUUUUACUCUUUUUAUAUGCCGAUAUGGGGGCUUGAACACAGGGUCUUG